CUUUAAUUCAGAAACGUCAACAGUUUUCACCAACACAAUUAUUAUUAUUUUUUACAACGCAUGAAACAAAAAUUUUUACAACGAUUUUUCAAUAGUAAAAUAGAAAAGAAAAUUAUCAAAUUUACCAGAAAAAUAUAAUUUAAGUCCUAAAGUUUAUGGAAAAGUAAGAAAUCAUAAGGAAUAUUAAAGUUAAAUACCAGAAAAAUUGUUAUAAAAAAUAAUUGUAAGGUGUUUGUAAGUGAAAAAUAGAAAAAAAUCAGGCAAAAGAAUGCAAAAUGGAAAAAAGAAAACCACGAAAGCAAAUGCAGAGUAGUGAAAAAAACAUAAUUUUUUGCCACUGCCGUCCAUACAGCCACCAAUACAAUAAUAACAACGAUAAAUAUUUUAAUGGAGUCAAAAAGUAGCUAGCUUCAGCAGCAACGCAAAAAAUAAAGGGGUUGUAGUGGAGAAAAAGUGGAGGCACCUGUCGCGGGAGUUAUUCGUCAUCAUCAACAACAAAAACAAUAACAUUAUAGUAAUAAUCUUCAUCAUCAACAAAAAAAAAAAACUAAACCUUUGGAAAAGGUAGUGAGUGAUCAGCUUACAAAUUGUAACAAAAAAAAUCUUGUUAAUUACUCAAAAUAAAACAAAAAUGAAAAUAAAGAAAAUGUGUAAUGAAUGAUAAACAAGUUUAAAAUAAAUACACAAUCAAAAUAUAUCAACAUCAUAAUAUAAUUCCGUACAAACGAAAUAUAAUGUUUACUAAAAAAUCUCAUGCCGAUAUUAAAAAAUCCACUGCGAAGUUGCAGGAUUGCAAAAAGGAUUCAGCCUCACGUUUACGUCAUUUGCGUACUAUUUUAGAUAAUGUGGAUCAUGAAGAUGCCAAGUCGCUUUUCGAAACUAAUUUUAGCCAUGUUUAUUUUAUACUCUAUGACACAUUCAUACAAGCGGAAGCAAAUUUAAAACAAAAAGAACUUCCGUUUCAUAUUGUUCACAAAGCCCAUCGUGAGGAAUUGGACGGUUCACUAUGGCUACUGGAGAAAAUCCUGUGUUUACUGCCAGAGUUGCUGGCUCGACGCUGGCAGUGUCAUUCGCUCAGUCGUAUUAUGGGAAAACUCUUACAUUUGGGAAAUUCGCCAAAAUUAAGAAAGGAGGGAGUACGUUACUUUCUCCUAUGGUAUCAGGCCUUGGGUGAAAAUGCUCCCGCCUAUGUGCACAAUAUGUAUGCUGAUUUAAUACCCGGCCUUAUAGUACCCCAAAAGGGACUACAAGGCCCGGAUGUCGAAUUUAAUACAGCCGAUUUUCUCAAUCAUCCCAAUAUGAAAGUGGAAGGCAGUACAACAUCAGUAUUUCACGAUAGCUAUUCACAUCCCGUACAAAGUUCAGAGUUAAUAGCUCUGCUGCCACCAUCCUCUAGCGAAAAGUCACAACCUCCGGAUCCACGUGAUGGUCUGGAGAUUUUACUCAAUAGUAUGGUGCAGACGGCAGCUUGUUUAAAGUGGCGCGAUAAUCAUGCACAAAAAGAUCACAAGGCUUUUGCAUUUUUGCUACAACGUUUCAAAGAAGUUUUUCUACCAGUAUUUUGUCCCAACUUUGAUUUUAAUAUGUCGGUCUAUGAUCCCCGUUUAGAAUUGCCCACAAUGAGAUCGAUUAAUAAAAAGGAUGAGGUAAUGGCAUCGUGUGUGGUUGUCCUAAUAAAUUGGCUAUCGCGUUUUACCCACGAACGUUUGCUGCAACAUCGUUUAGAUAAUGUACACAUUGCUGAAGCGGCGGAUCAUAUUCGCUUGCAUGCUUACCAACAGGCUCUGAUAGUAAGAGAUGUCCUGUAUUCCACCCGGGAGAAUGUGAAUUUUAUACAUGAGGUUUAUCGCCAGGCAUUUCUACUGAAUUUUACUACGAAAGCUCAAAUUGAUGCUAUACGUUGUUCUAUAGCUGUCUAUCGUGAUUGGAUGACGGGCAAUACUCCGCCACCCUUCCUCUUGGAACCUGAAGAGAAUGUGGGCACUGCCUUGCAGCAGCAACAACAGCAAAAUAAUGCCAAUGCCGGUGGCACACCAAAAUCAAAUUUGCGUUUACGAAAUCCUUCUUAUGUGGGAGCCAUGUCGAAGGAAAAUAUGGGUGUACGAGCAGGUCUUCAAAAUAUUUUACAAAUAUUUGUUACCAAUGCAGCCAAUGUAUUCUUGGUUAACACUAGUAACCUAAACAUAUAUUUUCCCACAAAAUCUCGCGAAUAUCGUUCAACGCCACUGCAUGAACAAACCGAGGUUUGUAAGAAGGUAUUGAAUGUCUAUCGGACCAUGGUUAUGAAUACACCCAUGGAUUCCAGAACAUGGGAACAAUUGUUAUUGGUGUUGCUGCAGGUCACAUCGGUUGUUUUACAUCAGCAUCCACCACAAGCCUCCAAAAGUUCCAGCUUAGGCGGUAUUUUGGGACAAGCUAUAUUCCAAACCCUCAUAGUCACCUGGAUAAGAGCACACACUAAUGUCCCAGUCAAUGUGCAAUUGUGGGAGAAGUUUUUAACUGUUUUGACCUCAUUAACGUAUCGUGAUGAGCUGAUUAUCGAAUGGGACAAGACUAUACAAACUUUAACGCGAGUGUUUUCACGGUAUGUUUACUCUUUGAACUUGCAAGAUUUGCCUUUGGACCGUUUGGCCGAAUCGAAGGGAAAACGACGUAGAGCAGGCGUAUGGCAACAAACAUCAUCGGUUUCCAAUGGUUCGGUGACAAAAGAUCGAGAGCCGAAAGAACAAAACCAACAAGAGAGAGCCUCUACCAACAGUCGUUCUGAUGAGAAUUCUCAGUCCACAAUGGGCAGGCAUUGUGGAUCGGUGAGUCAUGGUCAAAAGCUGUCAGUUGGCCAACGUUAUCCGGUUACACCAAUAUUAAGCCGUAGCUAUAGUGAGGGUAGUUUACCUUCUAUGCCACGCACGCCCAGAUUUCGUGCUAAGCAUCGUCAUCAGAAGCCCCCCACAAAUUUACCUUCUAGUGUGGAAAAUUCUCUUAACACAAUGAUACAUCAGAAUUCCAAUUCUCCCGAGUUAUUGGAAAACGUUCAAUUAACUUGCAAUGUGUCACAGAAUAAUGAUAUGCGUAGAGCCAUGUCAUUGGACUCAUUGGCGACUUUAAAACGUUCAAGGAAGUCAAGAAGGUUUCGAAGAAAUACCCACAAUCAAGAUGAUAUUGAUGAUAUAGAUGGAGGCGAUGACGACAGUGAUGAUUCACGGUCUCCUUCGCCCACUGCCAGCAGUGGCAUAGAGGGAUGCUCCAUUAAAGAUGCUCAAAUUCAAAUAGAUGUUUUAGCGGUCGAUAGUGGCGGAAGUUUGGGAGAAAGCGAGGGUAAUUCGGGAAAUUACCAAACUGAAAGGAGAUCUAUUAUACUGGGUGGAACAGCCACUGGUUGGUUGCCCGAUUCAACGGCUAUUAUGUGGAAACGAAUGCUGGGUGCUCUAGGCGAUGUUAAUCGCAUACCCAAAGCUGAAUUGCAUGCUCAAGUGUUCAAGCAUUUACUGGAUAUGACAUUGAAUUUAAUAAAAAUUAAGCAAAACCAAGGCAUUUCAACAGACAAUCAACAAACACCGCCACCACCAGCUUUGGUGCCACCCAUUGGUAUUGUGGCUCCCUGGUGCUAUGGUUCGUUACAACUAGACAAGUCUUUCAAACGAGGCAAACUCUGGGCUGUACAGUUGCUGUGUACUCUAACAGUAAAUGGGGCCGUAGCGGGCAUGCAACAUCUGCCCUUAUUUUAUUGCGCUCUACAUCGUUUACUGACGGGAGAAGAUCGAGAAUUAAUAUAUGCUGCUUUAAAAUACUUGGAAGGUCCCAGAUUUUUAAGUUUACUGCUUCCGGGACAUACUCUGCUACUUUUGGAUAUAGUACAUGCUUCUGCUAUUUUGUUGACUUCCUUGGAGGCAAGCCGCUUGACUCCCCGAGCUGAAGUUGCCGCCUUAUUAGGUACGCUAUUAUGUUAUCCUUCUACUUUGUUGCCCCGUCCUCUGCUGCAACCUUCACCCCAGCAAUUUGAGCUAAUGGAAUGCGCAGAUUUACAAGAUCACAUUUUGAACAUAGUGCUGCGUUGCGCACGCCGCGAGCCUUCUGCUAAGGCAAGAUGCAUUGCUCUGUCACAGUUGGGUCAAUGGAUUCUCAUGAAACUGUCACAUCCUUUGGCGGCAAGAGGCAGUAGUGCCAAUUCAAAAUUCCAGCAGCCAGUACCUCAUUCCAAAGGUCAACAGUUGAAGGAUGAUCAUCGACAAUACUAUAAUCCUCGCAUCAAGGAGGCCUUACAGGUCUUACUACAAGCAUUACAAUUCAAACAUCGCACUAUUGCCAUGGUGGCUGUAGAUUCUUUGAAACUGUGCAUCGAACGUGGUCGAGAAUUGGCUUCGAUUGAGAGAAUGCCUCAAUUAAUAAUUACUGCUAUUUGUAAAGCCUUGGAAAUACAAAGUGUAACUAAUCCCAAAGAUUCCGAUAAGGUGGUUUUAACAUCCUUAAUGUUAUGUCUAGGAGAAUAUUGUCUGGCUUUUCCCUCAGCCACUAUGUUAGAGUCGAUCAAUGAAAGAGGAGACACUUUGGUUCUUAUGGUAUUAAGAGUUCUCCUACAAAUCGCCUCCGGAGCACCAAAGCAUGAAAGAGUGAAGUUAACUGCUGACGAUGACUUUGAUAUGCAUAUUGCCAGCGAUGAUCUGCAUGAUGAUGGAAAAUUGCCCGAAGCGAAUUACCAGACAUCGGAAACUAUACAAGCCUGCAUUAGCGCAAUAAGAUUGUGUGCCAAGGCGGUGGCCAUGCACUUGGUAACUAAUCUGGGUCAUUUUCCCAUGGGCAUUGGAGCGGCUCGCUUAAGUUCUAUGGUCGAGGAACAAGACGAUGUAAACGGUUAUAAUGGUUGCAUCACGGCAGCAGGAAAUCAACAAAAUUCCGUAAAUAGUAUGGAUCUUAGACGGGAUUCCGUGGAAUUGCCUUCAAUUUUACAUGCUCAAAAUAUGCAAUUGUUUAUGUUAAAUCCCGGUCUAGUGGCCAGUUUUAUUGAAUUGCCUACCCUUAAGUUGCCGGGAGGUGGUGUUACUGCUGGUUUGGUGACAGCCGAAAAACAAGUACGUGUUCUACUGCGUGAUUUGAAUGGCAAAGCUUGUUGGGAUGCUUCCAUUUUAUAUAGUGAACCAAAACGCGAAUGUCCGAAGAUGGACGGCUAUGCCCCUUGCUCUAUAGAUGCUAGAGGUUUCAGUCCCGCGCACUCACAACGUUACAACCAAGUUCAACCCAUGGACUCCUUAAUGCAUUCAAUGCAGGGUAUGGAUAUAUCACCACCACGUCAUACCUUGAGACAUAGACCUUUGGGCGAGUUACCAUUAGCCAAGGAUUUGGCACCCGACUUAGAUCAAUUGGAUGAUCUUUUAGGUUAUAUAGGGCACACCAGCCCUGAGUGCCUACCCUAUCCGGUGGCUCAACUAAAUGCUCCCGCACCAUCUCCUCUGGGUAGUAAUGCUGAAGCCCAAGCUAUAUCAGUGAUACUCAAUCAACGAGCCUUGGAACAAGAAUUCAUAGCUAAUCUCAAUCAACAAGCCUUACAACAGCCAUUGCCUGGUAGUUCAACUCCCUCCAUUGUGGCUGGCCAUGAUACACGGUCACUGCAUUCAAUGCAUGAACCAAUUUCUCACAAUUCCUUCGAGUCCUACCACUCAUCGAGCUUGAAUGGUCGCAAUGAAAUACCAUUUCAAUAUUGUCGCUUACUCUUCUCACAUCUGGGCUUAGCUGGUUGGGAACGACGUUCUCGAACUCAUUUGCUGCAACGCACCGAGAAACUACUGCGUGAGCUACGCAAUGUGGAUUUGCAGAAAUGUCGUGAAACUCAUAAGAUGGCCGUUAUAUAUGUAGCCUCUGGUCAGGAGGAUAAGAACAGUAUUUUACGCAAUGCCAGUGGCAGUACAAUGUACGAAAUGUUUGUUUCCGCCUUGGGCUGGGAAAUAGAUUUGGAGACUCAUAACGGUUUCUUGGGUGGUUUGCCAAGACAAGGCUGCGGUUCCACUGCUCCCUAUUAUGCGACACCCUUUUUGGAGGUUAUCUAUCAUGUGGCCACGCGCAUGCCUUCCGAUUCACCAGAAGCUAUUUUACUUAAAACUAGACAUUUGGGAAAUGAUGAAGUACACAUUGUCUGGAGUGAACAUUCACGGGAUUAUCGACGUGAUAUUUUACCCACAGAAUUUUGUGAUGUUCUCAUUGUGGUGUACCCCUUGAAGAAUGGUCUAUUCCGGGUUACCGUCAAUCGUAAACCAGAAGUACCUUGGUUUGGUCCCUUGGCCAAUGAGAGUGUGGUUAGUGGUGCCUGUCUGGCAACUUUGAUACGAGCCACCGCUAUUAAUGCCAGUCGUACUAAAAGAGCCGCUCUUCCCUUGUAUCAGCAAUAUUAUGAGGAACGAAAUCGAUCUUUGGAUAGUGUUUCGUCUAGGUAUAAGGAAAGCACUACAUUUGAGGACUUUGCCAAUCGUAUUUAUAAUCCGAUGCCCAUGUCAGCAUACGCUACUCUAAGAGACUCAGUCCAUAAUUCGGCUCCAUUGGCAGCUGCUUUAAUUGAUCAUCAACGGUCUUCUGUGAAGGGUUGGGUACAAGCCUCAAUUGAUGCAAAUAUGAAAGAAAUUCCUUUGGGUAUAAUGCCUUCAGUUUCAGCCUCCUCAACAGCUGCUAUGGAAGCCAUGAAUUCUUCAAAUUCACCUAGAGGUGCUCGAAAACUAGGCUCUACCUUCAAGGGUGGACCGAAACGUAUGUAUACGGGAAAUCAUACCACACCACCGGAGAGUCCCACAUUACCAUUGCGCAAAUUUAAAUAAUACAUAGUAUUUUAUAGCUAGGAGCGACCCCAAUACUAAUUAUUAUUAUUAACAUUAACACUCUACAAUAUACAUACAAACAUAUUUACAAUAAUAAUAAUAAUACACCCAUAUUAAAUUUAGUGUUUCCAAAACAAGUUUACAAAUACCAAUAACAAAUAAUUCUACUUAAAACAGCGAAAGGAAAGUUAAAGUUAAAUGCUAUUUCAAGUUAAGAAAAAUUCAAAAACAGACAUACACAAUAUUGCAAACAAUCAAUAACGAAUCAAAUUCAUUCCUUUUUUUAAUAACACGAGUGAGCAAAAUACAUAUAAAAAUGCGCAUUUGAAAAGCAAAUUAUUAAAAAAAAUACAAAACAAAUUAAUUUAAUAUUUUUUGUAUGCAAAGUCAACGAAGCGCAUUUCUUUUAUAGGCAUUUUAUGAUUAUUUAUUCGUAUUUUAUUUAAUUUUCUGUAAUGUUUAAUGUUUGUUUUUAUUUAACACAAAACACAUUUAAUAUUAUAAACAACGUAUAUUUAAAUUAUUUAAAGUAUAAAGUAUUUAUUUAUCUCUAGUUAUUUAAUUCAUUUGUUUAAAUGUUAUAUUUCUCUCUAAUUUUGUUUAUUUAAAUCUCUUCUACUGUUUUCUUGCAUAAGUUUAAUUUAUUAAUUUUUCUUUU